GACCAGAAGUAGGAUAAAGUAUGAGAAGUUCGUUUUUACACGCGUAAUUACGCACGUAUGUCCCGCGUAAAUCUUUAAGGUUCUUCUGUGUGAAUGAUGCUGGACUCCAGGGACUGUGGAGGGAAGAUGACGACGACGCAUAAGAUUUCCUUUUCCAUCAUAGACAUACUGGAUCCAAAUAAAUUCAAUAGCAAAAGGAUAAACGAACUUUCUAGCGGUAAGGAGAAGUUUCCAGUGCCAAAUGCGGAGGGAGUAAGUUUGGAGUCGUGUACAGCUGCAGGCGGGGCUGAGCGCACGAAAGAAGGGGAAGACACUGGAGAAGAGCACUUUUCCCCUUCCAGGCACCACAUCGUUGACUCCCUCCUCAUUUCCCCCCCUCCUGAAAGCGAGUCGUGCCUCACGGGGGACCAGGAAGACGAAGACGGGUCCUCAGAGGUCACCCCGGACCCGUCCCCUCACAAACGGAGGCGUCAGGACCAGGCGUGCGCAAAACCACGACGCGCCAGGACCGCCUUCACCUACGAGCAGCUGGUGGCCCUGGAAAACAAAUUCCGCGCAACUCGAUACCUGUCCGUGUGUGAGAGACUCAACCUGGCUCUGUCCCUGAGUCUGACCGAAACCCAGGUGAAAAUAUGGUUCCAGAACAGGAGGACCAAGUGGAAAAAGCAGAACCCAGGCGCGGACAGCAGCUUACAGCCCGGCUCCAACUCCCUGGUUAACGUCAGUCCCAGUCCGACCAGCUGUGGAUCAGGUCCCGUCAGCUUCCACCAAACUUUUCCCAACUUUGGAUCUGGGAAUGUGAUCUUCCACAGCGCUGGUGCUGUUCCGCUCUCAUCCACUGGGGGGCUCCUGCACCCUUUCAUGUCAAGUGGUUUUGUACAGCCAGCCUAUUUUAACCCACAUUUAUGA